AUGGGUCCACCAGUGCAGCUGGAGGAAGCCACAAACAGCGGUAACUACGACCAGGAGAGUAAUGGAAAUGAGGGUAGCAAUAUUGAGUGCAAUGAAAGCAAGGCUAGGGUUAAGGGAAUGGAUGAGUGCAAAGAACCAGUGAGGAGCAGGAGUGAAGAACCACUGCCACCACAGGGACGCAGCUGGAACAAAGCCCAAGGAGUAUUCAUCGAAAAUUAUCCCAAUCCCUUGGCUGGUGCACCAGUUAGCAACAAAAAACAAGACCCACCGGACCUAGUGGCUUACAUGCGCGACUGCGGCCCAUUGGGCAAUCCAACCAUCUUUGAAACAACCAAAAUACUGAUGACAACCGUACCAACGGAUGAGGGCAAAGAUCUACAUAUCAAAAGCACAUUAUAUUGUGGACGGGUGCCUUGGGACAAAGUUGAAGAUUUGUUGCACCAUGUUGAUCAACUGCCCCAUGGAGCAAAUUGGCGCAUCAUUGAAAUCGAGGUGCAUGUCGAGGGCAAAGAUGUCCCACAUGUUGCGCAUCUGUGUGCGCAAGAUGUUGUCAAAAUUGUUGUUGAAUUGAUGGGAAAUCCUUGGUUUGUGUCAUACAUGAAAUUUGCGCCGGAGCGCCAUUGGACAGCCAAAAAGGAUGGUGAGCGGAUAUAUAAUGAGAUGUGGACGGGGGAUUGGUGGUGGAACAUUCAACAACUACUCAACAAGGCAUUUGGAGACGCAACCGUGGCCGCACUCAUCGUAUCGUCCAACAAGACCCAGGUGUCAAUACUGCCGGGCGGCCAACAGGUUUACCCGGUUUACGUGUUGCUUGGCAAUAUCUGCAAAUCCUUAUGA